AUGAAUUUUGAGUCUGCAUAGAUGGAAAUUGAGGUGUUAAAAGAGAGCAAUUAAAACCUUAAGGUUCAAAUUAAAUUUCUUAGUGAUUCUUAAAUGGAGCUAUCAGCUUAGAUAGAUUAGAAAAAGCUAGAUCAAAAAUAGAUUGUAGAGCAGCUUUAUAGAGUUCAGAAAUCUUAUGAUGAGCUUCAACUUGCUAAAUAAGAAGAAUAUGGACAAUUAUAACAGGAAUUAGAUGUAUACAAAUAAAAGGUGCUUGAUUAGUGUAUUCAACUUGGAAAUAAAGAUAAUGAUAUUGAUACAUUGAGAUAAGAGAAGAUCUCGCUUAAUUUCAGAAUAAAGGAACUUUAAAAUGAUUGUGAUUAUAUGGGUGAUAUGCUUGAAACAACUGAGUAAUAAAUUAAUAAAUUAGAUGAAAGAGAGCGAAUCCUCAGAGAAAUGGAGGACAGAUUUUAGUAAGAAAAGGGAAAAUUUACUAUUGAAUAAGAAAAACUCAGGUUAUUAAAGGAGACAAAUGAAAAAUUAAAAGAUGAUCUUGAAUUACAAAGGUAAGAGACUUCUGAUUCUCUUAAUAAAAGAGUUAAUAAAAUAUUGGGCUAAGAGAGAAAUCAUUUUGAGGAGCUCAUUAGAUAAAGAGAAUAAGAGGUUGUAGACCUAAAUAAGCAGGUAGAUUUAGAGAGAAUUCAGUAAGAGAGGUCAGCUAUUGAAUUAAUUAACCUAAAAGAGGAAAUAAAAUAGCUGAAACUUUAAUUAAUGAGAAUAAGUGAAGAAAAGAGAAUGCUUAAUGAGGAUUGUUAAAUCAGCAGUUAGUAAAUCUAGGAUAAUUAUGAUAGAGAUAUGAGUGAAUAAUCUCAAAAAAUAUUGACUCUAAUUGAGUUAAAUAAAGAACUUGAGUACAAGCUAGAUGAAAAAACAGAGAGUUUAAAGCAUUAUUAGUAGAAGGUGAAGGAUUUGAUGUUUGAAAUAGAAAGAGUGAAAGAAGAUUAUAAUAGAUAUAAGGAUAAGUAUCAUAGGCUUUUAAGAGAUAAGGAGAAUAUUGAAGCAAAUUUGAAGAAAAAGCAAGAGUCAUACAUUCAGAAAAUAGAGGAAUUAGAAGACUAUAGUGAGGAUAGAUUGAAUAAGUUUAGCGGAAUUGAAAUUCGAAAGAAAUAGGAAAUCAGAGAAAAUGAACAUAAAGCAUAUGAUAUGUAUCUAUAGUAAGAGAGGAUGACUAAGAAAUGGAAGCUAGAGUUAGAGAAGUCAGUAGAUACUUAUGAGGAAUUCAUUAAAAAAUAGAAAAAGGAGAUCAAGCUAUUGAAGUAUGACAUAGAAAUGCUUAAAGCUGGAGCAUUUAUGUCUUAAAGAUAUGCCUAAGCUUUUGAAGCAACUGAUUAUAACUCAAACGAUAAUGAAAGUAUUUCAUGA